CUGGAGGUAGUGAGAUCACUGGCAAGGAAGUGGAUCGGCAAUAUUCAAGGCUCAAACUCUGUCACUUACUUUAAUUAUUCCAACCCGUUUCCGGAUCAUUUUAGCCUUAUUUAUCAACAAGUGUGGACAUAAAGAAGGCCUACAAAUAUGCGAAAUUUUAGAGUGUAUGCUUGUACCUGGAAUGUUGCCACUUUAGAUCCACCUUCUCCAGAGCUCCUACGAGAACUAUUACACUGCCAGGAGGAGGAAGAGGGGGAGGAGAAAGAACCUGAUUUGUACGCCCUUGGGUUUCAAGAAGUCAGUGCCAAACCACAUCAUUUUGUGAGAGAUGUGGUUGUUGAUGACCCGUACACAGAUUGUAUCUGUAAACAACUAUCUCCUAAAGGAUAUAUAAAGAUUAGAGACAUACGUCUACAAGGCUUACUCUUGUUGGUCUUUGUGAAGCUACAACACGUACCAUUUCUUAGAAAUAUACAAACCAAUUACACAAGGACUGGAUUAGGUGGAUUAUGGGGGAAUAAGGGAGCUGUUACUGUAAGAUUUGGUUUGUAUGGAUACAGCGUGUGUCUGGUAAACUGCCAUCUGGAAGCCCAUUUAGAAGGCUGGAAGCUAAGAGACAGAGAUUAUUCUACCAUUAUUCGAGAUCAAGUCUUUGAAAAUUGUCGUGCUAAAACUAUACUUAAUCAUGAUUACGUAAUUUGGUUAGGAGACCUUAACUACCGUAUUUCUGACAUUUCGAUUGAAGAUGUCAAAGAUGUCUUAAAUAGAAAUGAAUUACAUAUACUGAAAUUUAAAGACCAGUUAUUUUUAUCACAAGAAGCCUGCGAUGCCUUCCAUGACUUUAGCGAAGGAGAUUUAAAUUUUCCACCAACUUACAAACUGAACCCAGGAACCAACGAGUAUAAUGUAAGCGGCAAACAGCGGAAACCUGCAUGGUGUGAUAGAAUAUUAUGGAAAGUUAACAAAGAUAGAAUUAGACAUGUGGACCUAAACAUGGAACUUGUCACUUAUAAUAGUAUUCAAAAAGUACAAUGGAGUGAUCACUUACCAGUCUACGCUGAUUUUAUUCUUGGUUUAAAGAGUACAGACACCAAACCAUUGAUCAAGUUUCAUUCCGUUAAAGACUGGAAACAAUAUCAGGAAAAUGAGUGUAUAUAUAUGGUGGAUAUUGACACUAGUACAAGUGCAUGGGACUGGAUUGCUCUCUAUAAAGUUGGUUUCCGACAUCCUAAAGACUAUAUCACUUAUGUAUGGGCAAUAAAAGAUGGAGAAAACAUGGAGCACGGUUGUCAUGUUGUAUUUGAACCAGUUUAUUUACCUACUGACCUGACCUCUCGGUACAUGUUGGGGUAUUAUAGCAGCCUGAGUGAUAACUUACUUGGUUUGAGUAAACCAUUCCAGAUUUUUCCAGCAAGCCCAACACGAAAUAUGGAUCUAAUGACAUGAACAUGAAAGACUUAAGAAUCUGACAGAAGUUUCAUUGUAAAUAUGGGAACAAAUAAUAUUUAUAUAUAUAUUAUUGAAAUGCUUAAAUGUUGUCAAGCCUGCUGAAUAGACCUUUCAGUGAAAAAGGUGAAGUCCACAGGAUACCUGUCACCCAGUCAAUAGACCUGUCACUGUAAUUACCAGCAUGCUACGGAUACUCAACAGAUAUGUUAAAAUUCAUACACUUAUCUUGUUAGUUGUAACAAGAUUCUUCUGUGAUGUUGAAAUGUCAUCAAUGGGCG